AUGCCUCUUCCCCUCCGAGUCCUCGGCCGAGAUGGCCCCAAAGUCAGUGCCGUCGGUUUCGGUUUCGGAAGCCUCGGCGGAUUCUACGGACCAGCUGGGACCUUCGAUGAGAAAUUGGCCGUUCUAGAACAUGCACUUGCCACCGGACUGCGUUUUUGGGACAUGGCCGACGUUUAUGCUGACAGCGAGGUUGUUGUCCGCCAGCCUAAUGGAAUGCACAAAUUUUGGUCUGAUCCUGAGUACGUGAAGGCUGCAUGUGAAAAGAGCCUCCACAGACUCGGGGUGGACACCAUUGACCUUUACUACUGCCAUUGGGUGGAUGGGGUCAGGCCAAUUGAAAAGACCGUCGAAGCCCUGGUGGAGCUGAAGAAUCAAGGAAAGAUCCGGUAUCUCGGUCUGUCGGAGGUCUCAGCAGUCACGCUGCGUCGUGCGCAUGCCGUCCACCGCAUUGCCGCUCUGCAGAUGGAAUAUAGCCUAUUUACACUAGACAUCAAAUCAUCCACCUCGGAGAUUCUGAAAACAUGCCGCGAGCUGGGUGCGACUGUCGUGGCAUUCAGCCCUAUUGGACGCGGUGUUCUACGCGGGCACAUUUCUAAGGGCGACUUGCGCCGUAUGUUGCCGAAGUUCUCUAAGGAUAACUUCCCUAAGAUCUUGGCGGUGGUGCAUGGAUUGAAAAACGUGGCCUGUGCCCAUGGAAGCACCCCUGCACAGGUCACUCUUGCGUGGCUGCUGGCGCAAGGACCGGAUAUCAUCCCUACUCCGGGUACAAAGUCGACCACAAGGACGUACGAAAAUGCGGCCUCUGCGCUGGUUCAGUUGAGUGACCAAGAAGUGCAAGGUAUUAGGACUCUGGUGGAGCAAAUGCGACUCCAAGGUACUCGGUACUCUGCUGCGUAA